UAAAUUCAUUGGUUUACGUGAAAGUUAUAGCGUUUACAAUGGCGGUAUAUAUACUGGGAUUUUUUUUAUUUAUUUUUACUAGUAAUGGUGGCGAUCAGCAACUUAUAGUGGGACUGUGGCGGGCAUUCUGACACUGGAGGGAACUGACUUGGUGUCACUGACAUCCCCAGUGACACCAAUACAGUGAUCAGUGCUAAUAAAAAGCACUGAAACUGUACUAAUGGCACUGGGCAGGAAGGGUUUAACAUGUGGGGUGAUGAAAGGGUUAACUGUGUGCUGCUUUACACACUGUGUCCUGUGUUAGUGCUUUACUCUCGUGCACACUGCUUUGGAUGGCUCUGCACAGCCAUGCAAAGUAAUGUGCUUACAGUGAAGCACACAGACACAGCACAUAGUAAAACAUCACACAGC